AUUAGUGGUAAUUUUCUAAACAUUUACAGGCAGUAUGUCAUAUAUGUAGAAUAUACUAUUAUCAUCAUACUAUUUCCCAGCGAGUAUCGAGAUUAUACUCUAUUCGCGGACUUAUGAGGUCAGUUUCGCCGGCAUUUAUGAAUUAUUUUAAUGUUUUUUCCCUGAUUAUGUGGAAUUCAUUAUAGGAAGUUAACCUAUAUGGAGUCAUGAAUAUUGAAAGAUAGACUUGUUACUAUGCUUGCCACGAGAUUGUAGAAAAAGGUAAGAGUUUAUGGAUGCAAAACUGACCUCAUAGGUCUGGGAUAGAGUAUAUACAAUGUACGUCCAGUAGCUGAUCAGGUAAUAGGUAUAAUGCAUUUUUACAAAUCACGGAGGAAACGUGGUGUUUAACAAAACUGCCAUUUUACCCAGAACGUUACUCGAUGCAGGUACAGCUAUCGGCAAACUCUUCUAGGAUAGCACUUCCCUUGUCCCGCGCAAGCUGCAGGCUACUGGAUGCAUAGUGGAUCGCUCACUCAUGAUUGGAAUACGCUAUAGUCAGAAUUGAAUAGAAAUUCUUCAAUGGUUGAGGCACAUGGUGCAGCUAGUGGACCGGUAGUGAUGAAGAGACCGCAGUUCCGAUUCUUCGCAAAGCUUCUUCUCCUGAUGCUUACAACUCUUGCCCUGCUGAUGGUCCUUGGUGUGCUGAGGUCAAGGUCGAAUGAUGUACACGAGUGGAACAGUUCAUCACUGUACCUUCCGGAGGCACCAGAAUAUGCAAAUGGGCAAGCAAACUUGGGAACGAGGCUGAAGGGUCAACAGUGCUUCCCAGCGCAAGAUGUCUACUUUCUGAAGGUUCACAAAUGUGCCUCUACCACAGUUGCAAGCAUGUUUGUCAGGUAUGCCCAAAAGAUGGACCUGACGUUUGGCCAGACUCGUACGAUUGGUUAUUCAAACUCCACAGGUUGGCUCGGAUGGCCUGAUAGGUUCCAGCCUCAUCACGUCAUCGGAACUUAUGUCAAAGGUCAGACGCAAAACCGGAAGUAUCAGUACGAGGAGUUUUUAGAAGGACAGAAAAUCAACAUUGUUGCGUUGCAUACCAUUUAUGAUCGAGAUACAGUAAGGCGGGUUAUGCCCGAUGAUACAGUUAGUAUUGCAAUUAUACGAAAACCUUUCGAACAGUUUCAGUCAAUUUUUGAUUUCUCUGAAUUUAACUUAAUAAAGCAAGCGAAUCUCACCGAUUCCGACCCAAUGUCGACAUUUCUAGAAUCUCCAGAAAAAUAUGACAUUCCACUUUACGGGAAAAAAUUCAUCAAAAACUUCAUGAUGACGGAGUUUGGAUAUGAUAACAAAGAUGAAGAAGACAGCCGCAGAAUCAGAACUUUUCUUAAAUUCAUUGACCGACAUUUUCAUCUGGUCAUGAUUGCGGAGCAUUUUUAUGAGUCUAUCAUUCUCAUGAAAAGAUAUCUCUGCUGGACUACAGAGGAUGUUGUGUUUCUUAACCUCAUGGUGAACCACCGGAAGCCACAUUACGUCACUUCCGACGAUUUGGUGCGGUACUUGUAUCUGGAGGCCAUGCACAGGAGCUGGAGUCGAGCAGACUAUAUUUUGUACGAUUAUUUCAAUAAAACAUUAUGGAGACGAAUUCAACAAGAAACUGAGGAUUUCCAAGAGGAAGUCAACCACUUAAAAUACGUCACGAACGAAAUAGCCUUUUUCUGUAAUCGUCCGCCAGAUGGCACUAUGUUAUAUUUCAAAACCACCAGAUGGGGUGCACAGUUUAACAUCAGUGCUGCCACCUGUGACUAUUUAAAUGUCAGUCUUUACACUGGAAUUUACGAAGCUCUUCGUGACGUUCCCAUAGAAGAACGAGAACAUCACAUGCCCUCCAUGAACUCUGGGGUUCUGGUCGUUUCUAUUGUCUUCUCUUGUUUACUGCUUCUAGCUGUGGUGAUUGCAUAUGUAUCUAAGCUUUGCUGGCCUCAGAAACCUAGGUUUAGAGGCAAACCAGUGCAUUAUUCUUGACAUCUAACUCUAGAAUCCAAUCAGAAAAAAUGGAUGAUAAGCCCGUCAACGACUAAAGCGAUGUAACAAACAAACUAUAGGUAUAACCGCCAAACUAUUUCAAUCACGGAGCAAGGGCCAUCCAUCUAAUAAUAUGAUACAAUUUAGAACAAAAUACGAUCUUGAUUAACUUAAUUUAUUCAGAUAUAUACAUUGUACAUAAACAGAUAAACAUGUAUU